UGCGCCCGCCCGGCCGCUGUCCGCUCUCCAGGCGCGGCCGCGGUCCCGGCUGCAGCGCGCCGCCGGGUGUCCGGGCGAUCCAUGGGCAGCGGCGAGGGUCACGAUGACAGAUUACGGCGAGGAGCAGCGCAACGAGCUGGAGGCUCUGGAGUCCAUCUACCCCGACUCUUUCACAGUAUUAUCAGAAAAUCCACCCAGCUUCACCAUUACUGUGACAUCUGAGGCUGGAGAAAAUGAUGAAACUGUCCAGACUACCCUUAAGUUUACAUACAGUGAAAAAUACCCAGAUGAAGCUCCCCUUUAUGAAAUAUUCUCCCAGGAAAAUCUAGAAGAUAAUGAUGUCUCAGACAUUUUAAAAUUAUUAGCAUUACAGGCAGAAGAAAACCUUGGUAUGGUGAUGAUCUUUACUUUAGUGACAGCUGUGCAAGAAAAAUUAAAUGAAAUAGUAGAUCAAAUAAAAACCAGAAGGGAAGAAGAAAAGAAACAGAAAGAAAAAGAAGCAGAAGAAGCCGAAAAGCAAUUAUUUCAUGGCACUCCUGUUACAAUUGAGAAUUUCUUAAGUUGGAAGGCCAAGUUUGAUGCAGAACUCUUGGAAAUUAAAAAGAAACGAAUGAAAGAAGAAGAACAAGCAGGAAAAAAUAAAUUAAGUGGGAAACAGCUAUUUGAAACAGAUCAUAAUCUUGACACAUCUGAUAUCCAAUUCUUGGAGGAUGCUGGAAAUAAUGUGGAGGUAGAUGAGUCUUUGUUCCAGGAAAUGGAUGACUUGGAGCUGGAGGAUGAUGAGGAUGAUCCAGACUACAAUCCUGCUGACCCAGAGAGUGACUUGACUGACUAAUGGACUGUCCCUGUCUGCAGAGAGGCUUGACUGCCACAGCAUCUGUGGCUAUACUGAGAGGGUGUUGAUUUUCCUUUCUUUUUUUCUAAGAAAAAAUAAUUUUCAGGAGAAUAUUCUUCUGAUAGCUUUCAUCAUUGAACUAAAUAAACUGACUUUAAAAUUUCGAAUAUAAAA